CAAAUCCUCGACCCUCCGCCACCCGCCACCUUAUAUUCCACCAUAUAAAGCCACCCCCACCACCACUCUUUCCCCACAUAUCUCUCUUUAUAUAGACAUACACACUGUGUGUCUAUUCACGCACAGUUUAGUGUUCUACUUUUUUUUUUUUUGCGUAUAUUCAUUAUUCAAGAAGGCAUUGUCAGUACGUAAAAUAUGAUUUCAUUCUCUUCAAUCCAACACAGGUCCACACAAAACUCCACCACGAUCACCACCGCCGUCGCCUCCUCCUCCGCCAGUACAACGAACCGGACUUUUCUCCUCCCCCACCACCAUACCCACAAAUUCUACUUCAACUCACCACCAUUUUUUCAGACCGUCGACCUCCCCCGCCGCCUCUGUAUCCGGGCUAUCGACGCCGCGCAACCUUACGACUACGAAGCCCAGCUUGUUAACCGCUUCUCUCAAUCUGGCAAGCUGAAAAUCGCCAUAAUUGGAUUCGGUAAUUUCGGCCAGUUCCUUGCUAAGGCCUUUAUCCGACAGGGUCACAUAGUUUUCGCUCAUUCACGUUCUGAUUAUUCGUCCAUAGCGCAAUCCCUUGGCGCCACCUUCUUCUUUGACACCCACGACCUCUGUGAAGAACACCCAGAUGUUAUCCUUCUCUGUACCUCCAUUAUUUCCACUGAAUCAGUCCUCAAAUCCCUCCCUAUUCAACGCCUCAGGCGCAAUACACUAUUUGUCGAUGUUUUAUCUGUAAAAGAAUUCCCCAAGAAUAUUUUCUUGCAAUAUCUUCCCUCCCAUUUUGACAUUCUCUGUACUCACCCUAUGUUCGGGCCUGAAAGUGGGAAAAAUGGCUGGCAAAAUUUAGCAUUUGUGUUUGACAAAGUUAGGAUUGGGAACGAGGAGUCUAGACUUACACGGGCCGAGACUUUCUUGGAUAUUUUCAAGAACGAAGGGUGUAGAAUGGUGGAAAUGACUUGUGCAGAGCAUGAUAAAUAUGCUGCAGGGUCUCAGUUUAUCACGCACACGAUGGGGAGGAUUUUGGAGAAGUUGCAAUUGGACAGUACCCAAAUUAACACAAAAGGGUAUGAGACUUUGUUGAAUUUGGUGGAGAAUACGGCAAGCGAUAGCUUUGAUUUGUACUAUGGAUUGUUCAUGUACAAUAAGAAUGCCAUGGAGCAGCUGGAGAGGUUGGAUUUAGCGUUUGAGGCAUUGAAGAAGGAAUUGUUUGGACAUUUACACGAGGUUUUGAGGAAGCAAUUGUUCGGGAAGUCCGAGGAAAGUCCGAGGCUGGUGCUCGCGAAGUUACCCAGUAAACUAGCCAAGAAUGGGACUCCAUUGUUGCCGGUGUCCAAAUCAGAGACCGAGACUGUGGUAAACAAUAACAAUUAGGAUGGUUAUAUUUGUAUUAGGUAUGCUUCUUGUAGAGGAUCAUGCUAAGGAUCCUCAGCCUUAAUUCAAGACUUUCCAUUUGCAUUCUCACUUGACCCAUAAUUGUAGCUUAAACCCUGUUUGCUUAAUUCUUUUCAUUCAGUUGUAUUAUUUA